AUGGCCAAUUACGGACCUGCAUAUGGAUCACUAGCUGAAAAUCAAGCAAAGAUUUCAGGAAAGCGUAGUGGAGAACAGGAUCGUGAAGCUCAACAAUGGGUUGAAGCUGUCAUUGGAGAGAAAUUUCCAAAUUGUGCUUAUGACGAUGCACUUAAGGAUGGUAUUAUCUUGUGCAAAUUGAUGAAUAAACUUCAACCAGGUUCUGUCGGAAAGAUUUGUACAUCAGGUGGAGGUUUUAAAUUACGUGAAAAUGUGUCUGCUUUUCAAAAUGCUGCUCGUAAUUAUGGUCUACCUGAUACUGAACUUUUUCAAACAGUAGAUCUUUUUGAAAAACGUAAUAUUCCUCAAGUAACACAAUGUAUUCAUGCAUUAGGUCGACAUGCACAAAGAAAGAAAUUUAAUGGACCAGUACUUGGACCUAAAAUGUCUGACCCUACUCAACGUGAUUUUUCUGAUGAACAAUUACGUGCUGGACAAUCUAUGGUUGGCUUACUCAAUGAAGGCAUGAAUAAAGGUGCAAAUCAAUCUGGUCAAAAUUUUGGUUUAUCACGUCAUAUUUAA